AUGCCUAAAUAUAAUACCAUUGCUGUGUUUGCAUUUGUUUCAGUUAACUUAGUAGCCAUUCUCAUCCUGGCACGUGACAGAUGUGGACUCUCCAAAUGUAUCACCCAUUACCUGGUAGCCAUGGCAGUUGCAGAUCUACUGGUCAUUUUCACUGAUGUGAUACUGUUUACUAUGAUCCCUUUUAAUUUCCCAGGUACUUACCUGGACACCACUCCUGCAGUUUCUCUUUCACAUGUCCUGCUUUCUGCUGCCACAGAUGUUUCCGUCUGGGCCACCGUCAGUUUCACCUUUGAUCGAUUUGUUGCAAUUUCUUGCCAGAAACUGAAAACAAAAUAUUGCACAGAGAAAACUGCAAAUGUGGUUAUUACAACAGUGAGUGUAGUGUUCUGCUUGAAAAAUAUUCCUUGGUACUUCAUAUUUGAACCUGAAUAUGUAAUUGACAAUGUGCCCUGGGGGGGUAUUGAGUCAGUGAGUUUUUGCACUGAUACUGUGUGGAUAAGCUUUGAUACCCUCUGUAUUAUUUUAACCCCUUUCCUCCCAUUCAUUCUGAUUUUACUGUUCAAUGCUCUGACUAUCAGACACAUUUUAGUGGCCAGCAGAGUCCGCAGGAAGCUACUGGAUCACAGCAAGAGUGAGAAUCACACUGACCCAGAAAUGGAGAGCCGCAGGAAAUCCAUCAUUUUACUAUUCACCAUAUCAGGAAGUUUUAUACUGUUAUGGAUGACAAAUGUUGUGUAUUUCCUUUAUUGGCGAAUUACAAACACUUAUUACUACACAGGUCCCCAUGAUCCCGCAUAUAUCACUGAACAAUCUGGCUACAUGCUGCAGCUUUUGAGUACCUGCACCAACACCUGUAUUUAUGCAGUGACCCAGACUAAAUUCAGAGAGCAGCUGAAGAAUGCAGUCAAAUACCCAUUCACUGCAAUUGGUAAAUUACUGAAAUGA